AUACCACACGCGUGCGCACGCAAACACACGCACACACCAACUGCUUGUUUCCCAAAAUCAAAACGCAAAAUCUGAACCAAAACAGUCGAUCUCCGAAGAAAGCGGCAGAAGCUGGCGGGUUCGUCGAAUGUGUUUUUGCCGGUAGUAACGGCCCCAUUGCCGGGCCCAUCGCCCCCGAGCAGUCUGGGCAUGCCGGGCAAUAUACCGAACCUGUCGCAGCUGGACGCAACCGGCGGACAGAGUGCGUCGACGAGCGGUUUACCCCGAGGUAUUUAUACCUACCACAAUGCAAGCGCGUUCCAACAGAUGCCAAAAGAGGAAAUCAAAAAUGAACCUGGAGACUCUCCGAGCCACAAUCCCUCCAACCAGUACCAGCUGCAACCGAUGCAGCCCAUGUUUACCGCCCAGAGCACCUCCCCCGGCCCAGACCGUUCCCGGCUACACUCACGCCCUCCCCGGGCAUCGGUGGUCCCAUCUCGCCGCUUGACCCUGGCAAUGUAACGCCAACCCCACCGGCCUACACCACACUCGGUGGUACCGGCGGUACGAUGGGCAAUCUGUUCGGCCAGUUCGGGACCGGGUUCUCUAACGCCGCCACCCAGCCCAAU